CAGAAAUGUUAAGAUAAGGGGCAAACCAUCGUUCCGUAUUUCACUUAUAUGAUUCGAUUUCAAGUCAUAGAGAAGGUGUUUUGAACAUGGAAACAUAUGUGUUUGCAUUUCUUAUUGUUUGCACAGCAGUAACACUUUCAGAAGCCUGUGAUAAUGGUUGGGUUCCAUUUGGCAGUUCGUGCUAUAAAUACUUCACUGACAGAAAAACCUGGUCUCAGGCAAAGACUUAUUGUGAAUCCCAAAAGAGUCACUUGACAAUUGUGAUGAGUACCGAAGAGAACAACUUCUUGAAAGCAGAACUAAGAAAGCAUCAUCUAGAUAAACUUGAUCAAGUAUGGAUGGACGGUGAUGAUUUGAAAGUAGAAGGCAGUUUUGUCUGGGCGAAUACUGGCGAAGAAUUUGAAAUAACGGAUUGGGGACCCAAUGAACCAAACCAAAAUGGCGGUAACGAACAUUGUUUGACAUUUUUUGCACACUACAACUUCCAAUGGAACGAUGAACACUGUGACAGUACAUUUGGAUUUCUCUGCGAAAAAGAAUCCAGUCAAAUCAUUGGAUAACCUGUAUAAUACAUCAUCAACUACAAGAAAAUAUGUAUUUUCUUUCUCUGAAAUAAAGACAUGACGCUUAAA